CUAUUUCUAGUUCCUUGCUUUCUGUUUCCUCCAUUCGACUCGACUUCUCUGCCAGUCAACAGCUCAUCGUCCCGGGAACAAAAACUGAUCGAAAUCAUGAAGAUUACAUUCUGUGCAGUGGCUUUGGCCCUUCUGUUGUGUACUGUGGAGUCCAAAGAAUCUGUGCCCAAGGUGCAGGUGUACAGCAGCAGCCCGGCAAGGUUUGGCGAGACCAACACCCUGAUCUGCCUGGUGCAAGCCUUCCACCCCCCAGAGAUCACCAUCGAGCUGCUGAAGAACGGUGCGGUCCUCCCCAAUGCCAAUCAGACCGACCUGUCCUUCGACAAGACCUGGCACUUCCACCUGUCCAAGUUUGCCAGCAUCUCUCCCUCCAAGGAAGAGUCGUAUGCGUGCCAGGUCACACACAUCGGCAAACGGACAGUCCACGCCUGGGAACCCAACAUGUAGACGUCAGGCGUCGGUCAUCCGGAGCCAUAAAUCUGGUUUCAGCCUUUCAAGAAAACUUCUUAUCCUGCACUACUCUUCAAUAGAAAGACAAUGCUUUAAUCUUUCUUGCAACAAUAUCAUUUGAUUAGAUUAGAUUAAUAUUUACCUUCUUAUUUCUUGUGAAUCAAGGGGUCUAGAUGUGGGAUACUUUAUGGGUACAUUCCAAAAUAUGGGGAAAUUGUUUUACCCUGCAAUAACCACUUUUCUACAGUUACAAAACUGAUUCCUAAAUAAAUGUUUAUGUUGUGUCUCUUAGUACUGAAAUUUGACAAAGGAUAUUAAAGUAAGCCUGAACUAUUUUGUUCACAAGAUUUAUUAAAUCAGAUAAAUAAUAAUAUGUGGAAACUGUAUUUGAUUUGCUUUUAUUGAUAUAACCAAUAAUAAAAAAUACUAAAUAGUU